AUGCGUCAGGUGAUGAAGGUUUUGCUGCACUUCCAAGAGAAGAACCUGGAAGUGCUGUGUUUGUUUGGCUGUCAGGACCUGCGCAAGGCCGAGAAUAGAAACCACAGGGCCUGUCUGCUCCAACAGCGUGCUCUCGGUCAACCUUGUGGCGGCAUAGUGCAAGGUCUCAAUGGCACCAUAGAGAGUCCAGGCUUUCCCCAUGGCUACCCGAACUAUGCUAACUGCACCUGGAUCAUUGUGACGGGGGAGCGGAACAGGAUACAGCUCUCCUUCCACACCUUCGCUCUAGAGGAGGAUUUUGACAUCGUCGCCAUUUAUGAUGGACAACCACUGCCUGGCAACUUGAAAAUGAGGUUGUCGGGCUUCAUGUUACCAUCUCCAAUUGUGAGCACUGGGUCAAUAAUGGCACUGUGGUUUACCACGGACUUUGCUGUAAGUGCUCAAGGAUUUAAAGCAAUUUAUGAAGUAUUGCCAAGUCAUACCUGUGGAAACCCAGGGUUAAUAGCAAAAGGAGUUAUCCAAGGGUCGAGAUUCAACAUAGGGGACAAAAUCCGUUACAGUUGUGUGAUGGGAUAUGUCCUUGAGGGCCAUGCUAUGCUUACAUGCAUAGUUUCUCCAGGAAGUGGUGCAUCGUGGGAUUUCCCGGCACCAUUUUGUCGAGCGGAAGGUUCUUGCGGUGGGACUCUGAGAGGCACGACGGGCACAAUCUCCAGCUCUCAUUUUCCCUCGGAGUACGAGAACAAUGCAGAUUGCACAUGGAGUAUACUCGCAGAACCGGGGGACACCAUCGCUUUGGUCUUCACGGACUUUCAGCUGGAGGACAGAUACGACUUCCUGGAGAUCAGUGGGACAGAGGUCCCAUCGAUAUGGCUCACUGGCAUGAAUCUGCCCUCGCCCGUCAUCAGCAGCAAGAACUGGCUGCGGCUGCAUUUCACUUCUGACAGCAACCACCGGCGGAAAGGAUUUAGUGCCCAGUACCAAGUGAAAAAGGCCAUCGAGUUGAAGUCCAGAGGCGUGAAAAUGCUUCCAAGCAAAGACACCAGCCAUAAGAACACAGUCUUGAGCCAAGGGGGGAUGGCUGCUGACAUUUGUCCAGAUCCUGGGAUUCCGGAGAAUGGCAGGAGGAUUGGCUCCGAUUUUCAGGUUGGCGCCAGCAUCCAGUUCUUCUGUGAUGACAGCUACGUGCUUCAGGGAUCAAAGAGCAUCGCUUGCCAGCGAGUGACUGAAACUCUGGCUGCGUGGAGUGACCACAGGCCUAUCUGUCGCACAAGGACCUGUGGCUCUAAUUUAAGAGGACCAAAGGGGAUCAUUACAUCUCCAAACUACCCUGUCCAGUAUGAAAAUAAUGCUCACUGUGUGUGGGUCGUCACAGCGGUAGAUCCUCAAAAGGUUAUCAAGCUGUCAUUUGAGGAGUUUGAUCUUGAGAGAGCGUACGACACAUUAACAGUGGGAGAUGGUGACAAAAUCGGGGAUGCCAGGAGGGUACUUUAUGUGCUCACUGGAACCAGUGUGCCAGACCUGAUUGUGAGCAUGAGCAACCAAAUGUGGCUUCAUCUCCAGUCUGAUGAUACCAUUGGGUCCCAAGGCUUUAAAGCUAUCUAUGAAGAAAUUGACAAAGGAGGCUGUGGAGACCCAGGCAUCCCUGGAUACGGCAAGCGAACGGGCGAUUCUUUUUCGCACGGGGACUCGCUCACGUUCGAGUGUCAGGCCGCUUUCGACUUGGUCGGCGAGAGGACCAUCUCAUGCCAGCAAAAUAACCAGUGGUCCGGAAACAAACCCAGCUGUGUCUUUUCCUGCUUCUUCAAUUUCACCACGGCGUCGGGCGUCAUCCUGUCCCCGAACUACCCGGAGGAGUACGGGAACAACAUGAACUGUGUCUGGCUCAUCAUCGCCGAGCCGGGCAGCCGGGUCCAUCUGAUUUUCAGCGACUUCGAGGUGGAGUCGCAAUUUGACUAUCUCAUCGUGAAAGACGAGGGCAUGCCAGAGCCCACCACGUUCGGGACGUUCUCGGGGAAGGACGUGCCCUCACAGAUCGCCAGCAAUGGCCACAUCAUGCGUCUGGAGUUCCAGUCCGAUCACUCCAACACAGCCAGGGGAUUCAACAUCACCUACACCACUUUUGGACAGAAUGAGUGUCACGACCCCGGCAUACCUGUCAACGGUCAGCGGUUCGGCGAGCACUUCCUCCUGGGCAGCUCCGUGCUGUUCACCUGUGACGAGGGCUUCAUCAAGACCCACGGGUCGGAGGCCAUCACCUGCGUCAUUCAGGACGGCAACGUGGUCUGGAACGCAGCCGUCCCUCGCUGCGAAGCUCCCUGCGGUGGCCAUUUAACGGCUCCGGCGGGGGUUCUGCUGUCCCCUGGUUGGCCCGGGUUCUACAAAGACUCUCUGAACUGCGAGUGGAUCAUCGAGGCCAGGAAGGACCAUGCCGUCAAAAUCACCUUUGACCGGUUUCAGACGGAAGUUAAUUACGACACGCUGGAGGUGCGGGACGGCCCCUCCACCUCCGCGGCCCUAAUUGGGGAGUACCAGGGCACGCAGGCGCCCCGCUUCCUCAUCAGCACCAGCAAUUACAUGUACCUCCUCUUCACCACCGACAACAGCCGCUCCAGCGUGGGCUUCCAGAUACGCUACGAGAGCAUCAUGAUGGAAACGGAUUCGUGUUUAGACCCUGGCAUCCCGGUGAAUGGGAAGAGGCACGGGAGCAGCUUUGCCAUCGGCUCCAGGGUGACAUUCAGCUGUGAUCACGGGUACACACUGAGCGACGAGGAGCCCAUCGUGUGCGAGAGAAACCACCAGUGGAACCACGCGCUGCCCAGCUGUGAUGCUCUAUGUGGAGGCUACAUAUUUGGGAAGAGUGGAAGUAUUCUCUCCCCCGGUUUCCCAGACUUCUACCCCAACUCGCUCAAUUGCACAUGGACCAUAGAAGUAUCACACGGAAAGGGAGUGCAGCUCGUUUUUCACACGUUCCACCUGGAGGACUCGCACGAUUACCUUCUCAUUACGGAGGACGGCAGCUUCACCGAUCCCGUGGCCAGGCUCACCGGCUCCGUCUUGCCGCCCUCCAUCAAAGCCGGCCUCUUCGGCAACUUCAGCGCGCAGCUACGAUUCGUCUCAGACUUCUCCAUGUCCUACGAGGGCUUUAACAUCACCUUCUCAGAGUAUGAUCUGGAGCCGUGUGAGGAUCCUGGAGUGCCUGCCUACAGUCGAAGGGUGGGCUUCCAGUUUGGGGUCGGCGACUCGCUCGUAUUCUCCUGCUUCGGCGGCUACCGUCUGGAAGGGGAGCUCAAGAUUAAUUGCCUGGGCGGGGGUCGAAGGGUAUGGAGUGCCCCCCUGCCAAGGUGUGUGGCUGAGUGUGGAGCCACCUCUGUUGGAAUCGAAGGUGUCUUGCUGUCACCCAAUUACCCUGCCAAUUAUGCCAACAAUCACGAGUGCAUCUACCGCAUCGAGACAGAGAGAGGAAAAGGAAUUCGAAUGGUGGCCACAAACUUCCAGCUCCUUGAAGGAGAUUAUCUCAAGAUUUAUGACGGGAGCGACAGUUCAUCUCGAUUGCUGGGCAAUUUUUCAAGAAGCGAAAUGACUAAUGUCGUCAUCAACAGCACCUCAAAUCAUCUGUGGAUUGAGUUUAACAGCAACGGGACGGGAACCAACAAGGGCUUCCGGCUGACAUACAGCAGUUUCGACCUUGUCAAAUGCGAAGAGCCGGGGACUCCAAAUUAUGGGUACAAGAUUGAAGAUAACGGGCAUUUUGCCAACACACGAGUGGUGUACAGCUGUAACCCUGGGUACACGCUGCACGGAAGCAGCUCUCUGACCUGUCUCAGCGGGGACCGCAGAGUGUGGGACAAGCCUCUGCCAUCCUGCGUCGCCGAGUGUGGAGGUCAAAUUACGGAGGCCACGUCUGGGCGGAUAUUAUCUCCGGGCUACCCGGCGCCCUACGACAACAACCUCCACUGCACCUGGUCCAUUGAGGCGGACGCGGGCAAAACCAUCAGCCUCCACUUCAUCGUCUUCGACACGGAGGUGGACCACGACAUCCUGAAGGUGUGGGACGGCCAGAGCGAGAGCGGCAUCCUGCUGAAGGAGUGGAGCGGCUCGCAGCUGCCCGAGGACACCCACAGCACCUUCAACGUCCUCACGCUGCAGUUCGACAGCGACUACUUCAUCAGCAAGUCGGGCUUCUCCAUACAGUUCUCAACUACCACUGCCACGACGUGCAACGAUCCUGGAACGCCACAAAAUGGCACCCGGUAUGGAGACAGCCGGCAACCAGGGGACACCAUCACCUUCCAGUGUGACCCGGGCUACCAGAUGGAGGGGGACGCCAUAAUCACCUGUGUGGAGCAGGACAACAGGUUCUUCUGGCAGCCGGACCCUCCUACGUGCAUAGCGACCUGCGGAGGGAACGUGACAGGACCUGCUGGGGUAAUACUAUCACCCAACUACCCUCAGCCGUACCCGCCAGGAAAAGAAUGCGACUGGCGGAUAAAAGUCAAUCCCGACUUUGUGAUCGCUCUAAUUUUCAAAAGCUUCAACAUGGAGCCCAGCUACGACUUCCUGCACAUCUACGAGGGCGAGGACUCCAACGGGCCGCUGAUUAGCAGUCUGCAGGGCACCCAGGCCCCGGAGAGGAUCGAGAGCAGUGGAAACAGCCUCUUCCUGGCCUUCCGCAGCGAUGCCUCCCUUGGGAUGUCAGGCUUCGCCAUCGAAUACAAAGAAAAGCCACGGGAGGCAUGCUUCGACCCCGGCAGCGUAAUGAAUGGAUCUCGAGUGGGAAUGGACUACAAAUUGGGUUCAACGGUGACGUAUUUCUGCGACUCGGGCUACACGGUGGCGGGGCCGGCCACCCUGGCCUGCAUCAUGGGGCCAGAUGGGAAGCCUGUGUGGGACAAGGCGCUUCCCACGUGCAAAGCCCCUUGUGGGGGUCAUUACAAUGGAUCUGAUGGUGUGGUGUUGUCUCCAAACUACCCCCACAACUACACCACCGGCCAGACCUGCUCCUACUACAUCACUGUGUCAGGAGAGUUUGUGGUGUUUGGGCAAUUUGCCUAUUUUCAGACGGCCAUGAAUGACUCAGUUGAGCUGUUUGAUGGGGCCAAUCAGAAUGCUCGGCUCCUCAGCUCUCUGGCAGGUUCUCAUACGGGUGAGACCUUGCCAUUGGCGACCUCCAACCAGAUCAUGUUGAGAUUCAAUGCAAAGAAUGGUCCAUCAGCGAGAGGCUUCCACUUUGUUUACCAAGCUGUGCCACGGACCAGUGACACACAGUGCAGCUCCGUCCCCGAGCCGAGAUAUGGGAGGAGGAUUGGUUCGGAGUUUUCCGCCGGGUCCAUUGUCCGUUUUGAAUGCAGCCCAGGCUACCUUCUUGAAGGCUCCAAAGCUAUCAAGUGCCAUGCUGUUCCCAAUGCACUCGCACAAUGGAAUGACACCAUACCGACCUGCAUAGUCCCUUGCAGUAGGAACCUGACGGAGAGAAGAGGCACCAUCCUGUCUCCUGGGUUUCCAGAGCCCUAUGGGAACAGCCUGAACUGUGUGUGGAAGAUUGCCGUCACCGAAGGAGCUGGCAUCCAGAUCCAAGUCAUUAGCUUCGCCCUUGAGCACAACUGGGAUUCCCUGGAAAUCUAUGAUGGCGGAGACAUGACAGCUCCCAAAUUGGGCAGCUUUUCAGGCACCACCGCUCCAGCUUUAUUGAACAGCACAUCCAACCAGCUCUACCUUCACUUCCACACGGACAUCAGUGUCGUCGCGGCCGGAUUUCACCUGGAGUACAAGACUGUUGCCCUUACCUCCUGUCCCGAGCCCGUCAUACCAGCCAACGGCAUCAAAACAGGCGACCGCUAUAUGGUGAAUGAGGUUGUGUCGUUCGGCUGCGAACCGGGAUAUGUGCUUCAGGGCCAUUCGCAUAUCUCCUGCAUGCCAGGGACUGUUAGAAGGUGGAAUUACCCUCCUCCAUUGUGCAUCGCUAAAUGUGGUGGCGCCCUCUACGAUAUGACCAAUGUGAUUUUAAGUCCUGGAUUUCCAGGCAACUACCCAGGAAAUCUGGACUGCACUUGGAGGAUAUUGCUGCCAGUCGGAUAUGGGGCUCUGAUCCAGUUUGUGAACUUCACCACGGAAGUCAAUCACGAUUUUUUAGAGGUGCGCAACGGACCUCAGCACAGCAGCUCUCUGAUUGGUCAGUUCAGUGGGACGCAACUGCCGCCCGACCUCCUGAGUACGACACAUGAGAUUGUUAUUCAUUUCUACACCGACCACUCGCAAAAUCAACAAGGUUUCAGAUUAGCGUACAAAGCAUACGAAUUGCAGAAUUGUCAAGACCCACCCAAGUUCACCAACGGAUAUAUCAUCAGUAAUGACUACAAUGCGGGGCAGUCGAUCACCUUUGAAUGUUUCCCUGGGUAUAUUUUGGUGGGCCACCCUGUGCUCACAUGUCAACAUGGAAUCAACAGAAAGUGGAAUCAUCCUUUCCCCCGCUGUGAGGCUCCGUGUGGCUACAACGCGACCGCUAUAAAUGGCACAAUAUUCUCCCCCGGGUUUCCAAAUCAGUAUCCGGACUCCCAAGACUGCACCUGGUUCAUAACUGUGCCACACGGCCACGGCGUCUACAUCAACUUCUCUCAGCUUGAGACUGAGCCUGUCACAGACUACAUCGCCGUAUGGGAUGGUCCGGACCAGAGCUUCCCACAGUUGGGGAUUUUCAGCGGCAAUACGGCCCUCGAGUCAGCCUACAGUUCUUUCAAUCAGGUUCUUAUCAAGUUUCACAGCGACUUCUCCACGAGUGGGCUCUUCGUCCUCAAUUUUCAUGCUUAUCGUCUCAAGAAAUGCCCUUCGCCUCCCACAGUUGAACAUGCUGACAUUUUUUAUGAAGAUCAAGAUUAUGAAAUAGGUGAUAUAGUGAAAUACCAGUGUCUCCCAGGAUUCACACUGGUAGGCAGUGACGAGCUGUCCUGCAAGCUUAAUUCUCACCUUCAGUUCGAAGGUCCUCCACCCACAUGCGAAGCCCAGUGCCCUGCUAAUGAGGAAAGAUCUGCAUCGUCCGGCGUGGUCCUUAGUCCAGGUUUUCCCCAGAACUACCCCAACUCCCAGACGUGUUCCUGGAUCAUCAAGGUCCAGCCUCCCUAUACCAUUUCCAUCUACGUGGAAAUGUUUCAAAGUGAAAAACAGUUUGAUGAACUGGAGAUCUUUGAUGGGCCCUCUGGACAGAGUCCGCUAUUGGUCGCCCUCAGCGGGAAUCACUCCACCCAGCUGAACUUCACAAGCAAAACCAGCCAGCUCUAUCUGAGAUGGUCAACUGACCACGCCACCAACAAGAAGGGCUUCAAAAUCCGCUACACAGCGGCAUAUUGUAGCAUGAACAAAAUUCCCAAAAAUGGCGGGAUUCGAAACAGAACCAGGGACCGGCCUGGCAGUAAGCUGCAGUACUACUGCAAUGCUGGCUACAGACUGGUGGGCCAGAGGAACGCCACGUGCCGACUCCAUCUGAAUGGUCUCUACCAGUGGGACAGUUCAGCACCAUUCUGUCAAGCUAUAUCAUGCGGAAUCCCGGAGUCCCCCGGCAACGGCUCAUUCCACGGUUACCAGUACACAGUGGGGAGUAAAGUUCACUACCAGUGUGACGAAGGCUUCCGGAUGGAGAGCAGCCGCUCCCUCUCCGCCGUCUGUCUGGAGGACGGAGUGUGGAGCAACGCCGCCCACCCCCCUCUCUGCUUACCGAUCCAGUGCCCUAACAUUGAGAGCAUGCUCUCAGAGCACAUGGUGUGGCGACUAAUCUCUGGGUCACUGAAUGAAUACGGCGCUCAGAUAAUGCUAAGCUGCACUCCAGGCUUCUAUCUGGGAGGCAGGCGAAUUAUCAAGUGCUUGGCAAAUGGAACCUGGGAUGGGAUCGAGGAGAAGUCCACCUGCAAGAUUAUUUCUUGCGGCGAACUUCCUUCGCCGCCCUACGGCAAGAAAAUUGGCACAUUGAGUACAUAUGGCGCCACGGCCAUAUUCACCUGCAACACCGGGUAUACGUUGGUGGGAUCGCACAUUCGUGAAUGCCAGGCUAACGGCCUCUGGAGUGGAGUGGACACACGAUGUCUAGCUGGACAUUGCGACUCUCCAGACCCUAUCGUUAAUGGGCACAUAAGUGGCGAUGGAUCCAGCUACCGGGACACUGUGGUCUAUCAGUGCAACAUGGGGUUUCGACUUAUUGGAACCUCCGUUCGCAUAUGUCAGCAAGACCACAGGUGGUCCGGACAGGCACCUGUUUGUGUUCCCAUUACCUGUGGUCACCCGGGCAACCCAGCGAAUGGCCGGACGAAUGGCAGCGAGUUCAACCUGAACGACGUGGUCAACUUCACCUGCGGCACGGGCUACGCGUUGCACGGCGCUUCGAAAGCACAAUGUCGGAUGAACGGACAGUGGAGCAACUCUCUUCCAGCGUGCCGGGUGGUAAACUGCUCGGAUCCGGGCUUUGUUGAGAACGCCAUCCGUCACGCGCAGGAGCGCUACCCCGAGAGCUUCAACUACAGAACCAGUGUGAUGUAUCACUGCAAGAGGGGCUUCUAUCUGCUCGGUUCAUCAGUCCUCUCCUGUCAGUCAAAUGGCUUCUGGGACCGGUCUCUUCCUAAGUGCCUUCCUAUCUCCUGCGGUGACCCCGGCGCCCCGCCGCACGCCACGCUGCUGGGCAAGAGGUUCACCAACGGAGCCACGGUCCAUUACUCCUGUGGCCAGGGGAGGACGCUGAUUGGAAACUCCAGCCGCUACUGUCAGGAGGACGGGCGCUGGAGCGGCUCGCCGCCCUACUGCUCAGGUGGCAGCGCAGGGGUUUGCGGCGACCCUGGCACCCCCCCUCAUGGCACCAGGCUGGGCGAGGAGUUUCGGCUCAAGAGCCUCCUGAGGUUCAGUUGUGAAGCGGGCUACACGCUGGUCGGCUCGGCCGAGCGCACCUGCCUCCAAAACGGCUCUUGGAGCGCUGUCCAGCCGGUGUGUGAAGCCGUUUCCUGUGGAAAUCCGGGAACGCCGGCCUUCUCCAAGAUCAUGUUCAGUGACGGGAUGCUGUUCUCCAGCUCCGUCACGUACUCCUGCUGGGACGGCUACAAGACCUCGGGCCUGACCACACGUCACUGCACCGCCAACGGCACUUGGACCGGCGCGUCCCCCGACUGCACAGUGAUCAGCUGUGGAGAUCCUGGUCCCAUCGCUAAUGGGAUUUAUAUUGGAAAGGACUUCACGUUCAACAGCACUGUUCAGUUCCACUGUAAUCCUGGCUACACCAUGGAACCACCUGGAUCAUCCAGUCUGCUCUGCACCAAGGAUGGCUCCUGGAACCAAACUAAGCCGAGCUGUAGAGUGGUCAUGUGUGGCCACCCUCCGGCCAUCCGCUUUGGGAAGGUGGAGGGCUCGGACCUGCAGUGGGGUGCUAGCGUCGCCUACAGCUGCUUCGACGGCUACCAGCUGUCCUCACCUGGCAUUGCCACCUGCGAGGGUAGCGGCACGUGGCGUGGUGAUAUCCCACAAUGCUUGCCUGUGCUCUGCGGAGACCCGGGCACACCGGCGGAGGGCUACAUGGAAGGGAAGCAGUUCACCUUCAGGUCGGAGGUCACCUUCUACUGCAGGAGCCCCUACAUCCUGGUCGGCUCCUCCAGGAGAGUCUGCCAGGAUGACGGAUCGUGGAGCGGGGUGCAGCCCACGUGUGUAGAUCCAGCGUUCAAUUCAUGUAGAGAUCCAGGAACCCCAUCAUAUGGGAUCCCAAUCCAGGCUCAGGGAUUUGAGGUUGGGAGUAAGAUUUUCUUUAGAUGCCGUAAAAACUACCACAUACUGGGAUCAACGACAAGAACAUGCCUUGAAAAUUUGACAUGGAGUGGAGUACAACCAGAAUGUAUCGCUCAUGGGUGCAGACAAAUAGAGACACCUGCUCAUGUUGAUGUAAGGUCCAUCGAUCUGCCCACUCUUGGAUACACUUUAAUGUUCACCUGCCAAGAUGGCUACUUCCUCUCCGGAGGGUCAGAGCACAGGACAUGCAAACCAGAUGGGAGGUGGACGGGGAAGCCCCCGGUCUGCAAAGUUCCGGGAGAUGUGUUCGCCACCAACUCGGGCUGGACGGGCUACUACGAGCACCUGGGCAAGCGGCAGGCCGCCACGCUGACAGUGAACGGGUUCAACGUAACCACGAGCAGAGUCAAUGUCACUCUGCUGGAGCAGAGUGGUGUGCAGAUUAAACUGUCUGGGACGUACAAGAAGGAGGAGAACCAUUUGCUUCUGAAGGUCUACCAGAUUAAGGGUCCAACUGAGAAGUAUUAUAGUAAAUUCAAGAAUGACAACUGGGCAAUGGAUGGAUACGUCACUGCAGAGUCUGACAAGAAAACGUUUGUUUACCAGGGUCACAUUCACAGCAAAGAUUUUGGUACAUUUCAGCUAACAAGACAAGGUCUACUGACGACAGAUAAUACUCUCUACUAUGGCACAAACAGCAGUUCUGUUGCUGCAGCUAUCCUUGUGCCAUUUUUUGCUCUAAUACUAUCAGGAUUUGCCUUUUACCUCUACAAACACAGAACAAGACCAAAAGUGCAGUACAAUGGCUACGCAGGUCAUGAAAACACCAAUGGACAAGCAUCAUUUGAAAAUCCCAUGUAUGACACAAACAUGAAGCCUACAGAGGCGAAAGCUGUGAGGUUUGAUACAACACUGAAUACAGUCUGCACAGUGGUAUAGCCCCCAUGGCUGCUAUGGGAAGGAUUCAUCCAUUGUGAAUUCACUGCGCUAGCUGUGGUUGUCUCAUAUACCAGAUGACAGUUAGUCCUGUGUGACUGCAGUUUGGGACUAACGGAAACUCACUUUGGGACACAUUCUUUAAGGUUAUGACAGACACACUAAUCUAUGACCAUUUCUGACUAAUUGCCAUAGAAACACAUAUUGAAGAUGACCGGAAAGGGAUGAUUUCCGUGACGGAGACAUCAUGCUUCUGAUUGAGGUCACAAAAGACAGAACAUACUUUCUAGGAUCAAGGAGUUCUGCCUCUCGAUGGUUCAAACAGGAUGAAAGUUCUGCGUUGGCUUUGCUUUACUUUCAUUUCUGAAAUCUCGCUUCCCAAGUCUUCUCUUGGGGAAAUACUGAAGUGUCUUGAAAGGCCACAUAAUUGUUUUGGUGAAAGGGG